UCACUUUUUCAUCAGAUAGUCUUGCCUAUCUGAUAAUUGCAAGGCAUCCCAGUGCUGAGGAGAAAGCAGCAAACACAACACAGGGAAAUCUUGCAUUCAGGGCGCUUUCGUUCUUGAGAGGGGAAAGAGGCAAGAAAACAUAAAUAAGGAAAGUCUUAGAAUGACAAAGCGGCUUGAGCAUGCCGGAGAAAACGGGAAAGGGACGUGGCAAGCGUGGAAAGGGAGUUUUGCACGUAUAUACAAAUAUUUCCUAUUUACAUGUGUGUACAUUGGAAAGCCUCGGUGAUAAAGUGACACUUAGUAGAUGAAGGAGGGAGGCACAAAUGUGUGGCACCAUCUGGAGGAAGUGAGGCAAAGGCAGGGGACUGAUGGGAAAGCUCAUUUCCAGCCCUCCCUGCUCCCUUCCCCCCUCUGUCCCCUUUCUAGUGACUAAUCCAAAUAUGUCUUCCUCUCUCCCCAUAAUCCCCAGUGUAUGUCUCCCCACUGGAAUCGUUUCCGGUCUUUGUCUCCCUUGAACAAAUUAGUGAAUAAAGCUGAAGGGAAACUGAUCAUCUUCACCUCUUCAUCCCCCUUUCUUGUGCUGCCCCAUCCAUCUCUCAGAGGGGUGUUAACGCUGGGCGGUCAGACCACAUCUGGAGUAUCCUGGUGGCAGUGACGACUCGCUUUGGGAGGGAGGGAGUACCGCUGGAGGUCAUGCUGAGGCCAGUGUCUGGAUGGUUAUGGUACCUGAAAGGGACUGAGCCACUCCCUCGCAAGGCUCAGGGCCCCCAGAUUUGCUACAUGUGAAAGGCUGUCCUGGAACCUGGGCUUAGACAUGCUCCGUGUAGGCCAACGAAUAGAACAAGCGAAGUGAAGAGGUACUAGGGAGAGAGAUUCUACACCAACGUUAAUCAGUUCCUUAUACUAGAUCUACUAAAGUGAAGUGAGCUGUCUGGGUGGGCUGAGUUCCAAGUAUCUGGAGAAAUGCAAAUGCAGACAGGAUGUACCGUCUCCUGGGAACGUUGUAGAGAGGAUUCAGGUGGCUCGAUCUGAAAUUUAUGAUUCUGGGAUCUAGUGCGAUGCCUGAUGGCAGGUGACGGGAAUAAAUAAAGCUGAACCUCCCACUGGGAAUGUCUCAGAAAUGGGUCUCAGGCUGUUGCUGUUGCUUCUGCUGGGCAUUUUCACAGUGCUCUUCAUGGAUGAAGAUAUCCAUGGCCCCAAAUCAAAAUGGCUUCGAUUUUGCCAUGAUUGUGAUUUCUAUGAUGGAUUCAAACGCCGUGGUCCCAAGAAACGUUGCUGGAAGUUUAAUUUAUCCCUCAAAUCCAAUAAGAGUUGCACCACAGAUCACUAUUACUACAAUGAUCCAAUUACAGGGAGAUAUCUGUACCGAUAUACAAAACUGUCUUGUAAUCCUUGUGAAGAGGGAAUGUUCCAAGUAUACCAUGACUUACUGAGAGAAACAUUUUGCUGCACUGAUAAACAUAUGUGUAAUACUGGACAUAAUAUUUUGGAAAAGUCAGCCCUUUUUGGAGAAGAUAAAGAACACACUAUCCAUGAUGAUGUCCUACCAUAACCUUAAACUAUCCUCCCAGUAAUUUUUGCCCUUCCCCUACACAAUGGCAACAUCAUCUCACAUUAUCUCAAAACCAGACCCUACUCUUUACUCUUUUCCAGCAGAUCUACCCAUGGAAGCUCUGUAUGUCCUGUGUCAGUGUUUUUCCAUUAAGAGGAAAAUAAGAACACCCAUGUCUGCCUUC